GUGUGUAUCAGUGCGCGCUCACAGCUGAGAGAUAACACACUGAAUUUAUCUUUUCUUUCUUUCUUUGAUUAAGUUCUUUAGUUUCGUGGGACGCGUGGAAUCGUCUGACAGUGAAUCCGGGAAGGAAAUGACGCGACUUUCGCGUGCAACAUUUGGCGUCGUGUGCGUGUUUCUGUGGACGCGCGGCGUGGACGCGUCUGACGCCUCGCAACAGGAUUGUCCAGAGAAUAAGAUGCUGAUGGUGGAGUAUCCGUGUUUGAGAGCUGGAGGUCAGAGAAGCAUCUGUCUCAGGAGGACGUGCUGUGAAGGCUUCAGGUUUGUGAUGGGUCAGUGUGUGCCAGAAAGUCUGGAUGUGUGUGCCGGCUCUCCCUGUGAGCAACAGUGCACUGAUAACUUCGGGCGAGUGUUGUGCACGUGUUUCCAUGGUUACCGCUUCCACCGCGAGAGACAUCGCCAACACCUGCACCCAUACUGCAUCGAUGUGGAUGAGUGUGAAGAAUCAAAGAGUGUGUGUGAACACGUGUGUGAAAACACUCCUGGAAGCUUCCGUUGCAGCUGUAAUGCUGGAUACACACUGACAGCAGACCAGCGCUCCUGUGACCUGAUUUCCUCCCUAAAGUCUGAGACUCAGAUGAGCUCUGGAUCAUGUUCUCUCAGCUGUCGAGACUUCAUGAACAUGAGGAGCAGUUUACUGGAGAUCACACUCCUGCUGGGACACACACCUGCACAGGGUUUGUCUCCCAGUCCUGAACACAACAGCCACAACCCGGCUCACGAGAGAACUGGGAAAAAUCCUGAUAUUCUCACCGUCACUGGACCAGCAGGACCUCCGGGACCCCCUGGUCUGCCAGGUGAUCGCGGUGAGAAGGGGGUCCGGGGGCCGCCGGGUCCCCAGGGGCCCAGAGGAGACAUGGGUCCAGUGGGGCCUGCAGCGCAUCUGGAGCACACGCAGACAGGCCGACGGGGGCCGCAGGGAUCUCCAGGAGCGCCGGGGAAAGAUGGACAGAAGGGUGACAGAGGUUUCCCUGGACCGAGAGGAUCUCCGGGGCCUCCAGGGUCCUUCGACUUCCUGUUACUGAUGAUGGCAGAUAUCCGGCAUGACAUCAUCGAGCUGCAGGAGCGUGUGUUUGGGAAGAGGCGUGGCCUAUCGAUGGACACGCCCAUUAUCACCAGCGGAGAGGCGGAGCUUGAGGACUGGGCGUCAGGACAGGACGAGCUGAACCCGAACACGUGAGCCAAUC